AUGUUCAAAGCGAAGCGUGUCUGUGUGAUCGGUGCAGGUCCCAGUGGUAUGUCAGUUCUGUUUCACUUUAAUAAACUGAGAAAACAAGGCAAAGAAAUCCCCGAAAUUGUGUGCUACGACAAGCAGUCGGACUGGGGAGGUCUCUGGAAAUACUCCUGGGAAACUGGUAAGUAGUCCUCAAUGCGCUUUUACACACUCUUUUAACAACGUUUAAAUGGGAGGACUUUCUAGAUAUAAUUCAUGUUUCUCAAUACGUCGAACAACACGAUACCCAAAUUUCAGAGCCCGUGUUUCCAUUCCAAUGAUCUUCUGUUGUCUUUCUGAUAAAGGCUGCAUUCUUUUAGGAGUGGGAAUAAGGCUUAGCUGCCGGGACCAGGAAUUUUCUGUAAAUUUUUUUCUAAGCAUUUCUUCUAAAACAUACAGCAUCAUUUACAAGCGCAUUCAAAAGGGCGAGAAGAAAAUGGUGAAUUGUGAGGAGAGUGAACCAUCCAAACAAAAUGGAAAGGCAAUGUGACAAAAAUCAUAACUGUUCCAAAUUUUAUCAUAGAUUAGAAACGCUGCCUUGAGAAACCACUAGGUCUGUAUGCAUACUGAGGCACAGGGUCCAAGGGGACAAUGACUUGAAAGAGAAAUAAAAAAUACACAUCUUUUUUCUCAGGUAUCGAUCAGUUUGGCGAACCCGUCCAUGGAAGUAUGUACAAAGGCCUCUGGUCUAAUAGUCCGAAGGAAGUUAAUGAGUUUCCUGACUACACUUUUGAAGAACAUUACAAAAAGCCAAUUCCAUCUUUUCCACCGAGAGAGGUUCUCUAUGAUUAUCUGAAAGGUGCGUAUUUUUCUUAUCUCAACGACUUACCUGCUGGUUAGCUCUCCGAUCGCGUUUUUUUGUUGUUGCUGUUGUUGUGAUUGGUUUCCUCAAUUUCGUGAUAAAAAGAAAACUAUACAGUGAUUGUAGACGAGUGACGUAUAGCUUGACAAAUUGAAAAACACCGGAGCAGUUUUCAAUUGCUUGUCGAAAUACCAAAACCAGAGUUAUCACGAAAGCCAAUCAGGUGAAAGGUUUCCUUUAUAUUCAGCCAGAAACUGGCAAUCUGCUAAAGAGCGGGAAAACGCGGGUGUCCAAGUCACGAAUGGGUUUGAUCUUCGUCUGAUUGAUGGCACAGAACGAAGUAAAGGCAGAACCAAACUUAUCCAGGAUUAUUUUCGAAACUUGAUUGAUAAUUGCUCCACUGGUACGUAGCUUAACAAUGACAGCGUUUCUCUUUAAUCUUCAAUCAGGUCGUUGGACCAAAGGCGAUCUUCGCCAUUUGAUUCAUUUCAACCAUGUCGUCCGCCAAGUGACCUACAAUGAUAACACUGACGACUUUUCAGUUGUUGUCAAAAGCCUUGUCGAGGACAAAGACAUUCCUGUUCAGAAGUUUAACUACCUUAUCGUGGCGACCGGUCACUUUUCUGUGCCGAGCGUUCCCUCUUUUCCAGGGAUUCAAGAGUUUCCUGGCCGCGUGAUGCACUCGCACGACUUCCGAAAUGCCUAUCAGUUCCAGGGACAGACGAUCCUUAUAGUUGGCUCCAGCCAUUCCGCUGAGGAUAUCGCUUUGCAAAACCUCAAAUAUGGCGCCAAGAAGAUCAUUUGUUCCUAUAAGACCAGACCGAUGGGCUUCAAGUGGCCCCCUGAGAUCACUGAGAGACCAAUGCUAACCAAUAUCGAAGACAAAACUGUCCACUUCAAGGAUGGUACCACUGCCGAUGUGGACGCCAUCAUUUUGUGCACCGGCUACUACUUUCACUUUCCAUUCCUUGAAGAGCGCCUCCGACUGAAGACCAGGAAUAUCUUGUACCCUGCCGGGAUGUACAAGAAUGUACUGUGGACUGAGGCUGGCAACAACAAGUUUUUCUACAUUGGAAUGCAAAACCAGGUCUACAGCUUCACCAUGUUCGACGCGCAAGCCAAGUGGACCGUGAAUUGUAUAACAGGGGAGCUCAAACUUCCUGACAAGGAAGCUAUGGAGGAGGAUAUAGCGAAAUGGAUCGCAAAGUAAUAAGUUAUGGAUCAAUUUUCCCUGGUUUGUUGAAUGAAUUAUGCAAAAUUCCUUUUUCGGUUUUGCCCCACCUUGAUUGCUUUAGAAAACUAGCGUCAUCCUUCAAAAUAAUCAAAGGAAACUAAAAGAAAUCGCGACUUGUAUUUUAGAUUCAAAGCUCAUCGCUCACUCGCAUUUUCUUGCCAUUAACCCUUUAACUCCCAUGAGUGACCAAGACAGAAUUUCUCCUUACAAUAUCAAUAAAACACCAACCAGAUAAGAGAUGAGAAUUAUAGAAAGAUAUCAAUUUGGGGAUAAUUAGGUGAUUCAAUACUUAAUUCUCUGAACUAACAUUAUAAGAAUUGUAUGGUUGACAGUAAGGAGACUUGCAAAUUUAAUCUGAGAGUUAAAGGUUUAGGCCAGUUUACGCGAUUUUGCUUUGAGUUUUCACUUGCCACUUUCCCCUUUGAUACUUUGAUUCUAAUGUUACAACAACCACAAUCAAUUAGAAUGCGCUCAAUAAGCCUUCAUCUUCUAACUUUAAAAAAUACUUCGUCGCUGUUUAAAUGAAAUGAAAUCCACAACGUGUAAAUAUUUGACAAUCUUGGAUCACAAUUUUCUUUCUUUUUAGUUACUGGCUGUAAACUUAAAAUAAAAAAAUUCAUUCGAGCAAGAGUGACCACGUAACGGAUCAGUUACAGAACAUGUCAAGAAAACGUGGUUGAGUGGAAAUAAACGUUGCCCACCCUCCCCAAAAAACAAAAUAUAAAAAGCCCCAAUAACAAAAACAUUUGUCCAUCUGGGAUCCGCCACUCUACCAUUCACUCACCAUAUUUUAUUUUCUCCAUUUAUUUAUUCCUUCAUUUAUCUAUUUAUUCUCAUUUCCCAUUAUUUUAGAAUGGAUGAAGUGAAGGACUAUCACGGUGCCGUAGACUUUCAGACUGAAUACUUAGUCGAUAUCGCCAAGGAUGCAGAGUACGGAUAUGACCUGGACACCACCCAGCAGUUCUAUGACUGGCAACAACACAAACGUGAGAACAUCCUCACUUACAGAGAUCGAAGCCACGCAAGCAAGUUUACUGGAACCCAGUCUCCAAUUCACCACUCUACAUUUAUGGAAGCCCUUGAUGACUCGAUGGCGACUUUUCUGAACGCAUCUGAGCCCUAGAGUACUACUUGACUGGAAACAAGUUAAGCGACUCUGAAGUGAUUCUUGCACUGGUGUGGUUGUUAAAAGUGCCAAGGACUGUAGAACCAUAGGGAAAAGAUUAUGUUGUAGUAGAAACACGUUUCAUUCCUAAAACAGUUUUUGUCAUCAUAACUAUACUAAGUUAGUAGGUGUGGGUACUGAUAUCAAAUAUUUUGUUUGAGUAGCGUGCAAAGUCUUAAUCUUUGUCUAUAUCCUCGUUUCAAUAUUACAGCCACAAAACGGAGACAAAACAACUCUUAAGAAUCUGUGUUAAUGGAUAUUUCCCAGUUUCGAGCUUGAAGAUUAAGGUUUGAGAAAAGUAGCAUUAGAUCUCCUACUCUAGCCAUUGAGAAGUGGAGGUUAACUUUAAGAACGAUUUUACGAGUUGAUGCGACUUAAACAGUG